AAAAGGCCGAAUCCUGAACCAAAUUCGGUGCAUCCCUAAUUUUUUUUAAUGAUGAGUGGGACUAAAGCAUUUCCCUGUAUAUAGUAAACCCCAUCCACUGUGCUAGAUGCACUCUCAAGCCUAAACAAGAAAUAAGGAAUAAUUGGGCAUCUUUUUCACUGCAAAAAAAAUUACAUUUGAACUGGGAGUGUCAAAGGUGAGUUCACUGGGAAUACAUUGUAUACCUGUGUAGCACUCUUUGCAAAAUGGUGUUGGGUAAUUGAAAUUGUGAAAAGGUGAAUGUAGCAAGUUGGUAUGGAGAAAGCUCUAUGCAGUUGUUAGAAGUUUAGUGAACGGAUGAUGCACACUUAAUAUACUCACAUUUGCUCUUUUUUUUGCCACUGUAUGUGUUUUCAUGGAAGUUGCCUCUUGCAUGGGGUGUAUGUUGCACGUUCUAUCCCAGGGGUCUUGCCUUUACUGUGCUGGAAGAGAUGGAGAGGGGAGCUGUCUAUAUAUAGAGUGCUGGGACUGAGCCCAGAUAUUUGCUGAGACCAAUGAAUACCAAGAGACAGCCACAGAGGUGUAGAGAUACAUUAAGAAGUGAGAAAUAAACAAGAAGGUUGAAAGGGUUGCAGAGGAACAAGAGACAAAGGAUAGCCACCUAAAGUUUAGUCCUACUGCAUAAAAGGGUAUAUUUUACAGUCCCCGGGCAGAGUGCAGGAGUGUAACUGUGUGUGAAACUCAUUAGUCUCGUUCACAGAGGGUGCGGAACUUGGCAGCAUGUGGGGUCUCGGGCAGUGUGAGUCUCAGUAGUCAAGUGCUGAAACCUGACAGAUGUGAAAAAGCCUAGUGAGUGAUAAAUUUAGAGCCCUGUUUCAUGUUCCAUCUGGAUACCAAGACAGGCUGUGACUCCAACGAGGAAAGUGAGAGUUAACGUGAGAUUGAGUGAGCCUGGGAUGUUGGUGGAGAGUGAGAGGGAUUGUGUGAUGAAAGUGCAGGAAGAAUAGAGGUACAAAAAAACAGAAUCCACAAAGGAACUUGAAUUUUGGAGCAUCACCUAAAAUUGUGGGUAGGAGAUUACUGUAUAAGGUCUGCUUUGUUGACCGGACUGGAAAAGAAGAGUUAGAGUUUGUAUGAGACUGCUGGUGAUGCAGUAAAGAGCAUAGGGUAGAACUUCAUAAACUAGAGGGAACAAGGAACUGUGUUUGGGGGAUACCUGGACAGAGUGUAGAAGAGUUUCUAGUGGAGAACAUUAGGUGAAACUUGUAGCCAUGGAUAUGAUGGUCUCAGAAAUGCAGCAGCCUCCCAAAUCCCCUGUGGAGGUCCCAGUGGUCACCAAGCGCCCUCCUGCUAAACCUGCGAAAAAAGCUAAACGUGCUACUGUUUAUUUUGAGGUGGAGAUCCUGGAUGCCAAAACGAGGGAGAAGCUGUGCUUUUUGGACAAGGUGGAGCCCCAUGCCACCAUAGCAGAUAUAAAGAACAUGUUCACCAAAUCCCAUCCUCAGUGGUACCCUGCCCGGCAAUCUCUGCGGCUAGAUCCCAAGGGCAGGUCGCUAAAGGACGAAGACAUCCUACAGAACUUACCAGUGGGUACAACAGCCACCCUGUACUUUAGAGACCUGGGUGCACAGAUCAGCUGGGUGACGGUCUUCCUCACGGAGUAUGCCGGGCCUCUCGUUAUAUAUCUGCUCUUCUAUUUCCGAGUUCCUUUUAUUUAUGGUCCCAAAUAUGACUUCAUUACCAGCCGGCAUUCUGUGGUACACCUGGCCUGUAUCUGUCAUUCUUUCCAUUACAUUAAGCGUCUACUGGAAACCCUGUUUGUCCACCGUUUCUCUCAUGGUACAAUGCCAUUCAGGAAUAUCUUUAAGAACUGUAUGUAUUACUGGGGAUUUGCAGCCUGGAUGGCUUACUACAUAAACCAUCCACUAUACACACCACCGACAUAUGGAGAAGAUCAGGUGAAGCUGGCGGUCAUUAUAUUUCUGUUUUGUCAGCUGGGUAAUUUCUCCAUACACAUUGCAUUGCGGAAUCUGCGACCUGCUGGUUCCAAGACCCGUAAGAUUCCUUUCCCCACGCGUAAUCCAUUCACAUGGCUGUUCCUGCUGGUUUCCUGUCCCAACUACACAUAUGAGGUUGGCUCUUGGAUUGGAUUUGCCAUCAUGACCCAGUGUUUCCCAGUCGCUCUUUUCUCCUUGGUUGGAUUCAUCCAGAUGACGAUUUGGGCCAAAGGCAAACACCGCAGUUACUUGAAGGAGUUCAGAGAUUACCCUCCUCUCCGGUCCCCCAUAGUUCCCUUUUUCCUGUAGGUUCACUAAUGGUUUCCUUUGUUCCUUGCUCUUCCUUUCUAACUAUGUUCUUAAAAUGACCCCCAAUCUCCAGCUGACUGCAAUACCUUGGCCUCUAAACUUGGCAUUGAUCUAUGGUGUAUGGAAGGUUUGUGGUUCCCAGAUGGAAUAAAUGUGUCCUCUGUUAUACCCUGUUUUCUCAGUGAUUUGGGGGGGCACUAUGCAUGUAACGUUGGAAAGCAAUGUUUCUGAAGCAGAUGCUUUAGUUAGUCUGUUAAAUAGUUGGUAUUGGUUUGUAUGAAUGCAACCAAACAAAACUAGCACGCACUCCAGGAGCCAGUCUUUUGAAGUAAAAACAUAGUUUAUUCCAUUUCACUAAAACUUACAUGGCUUGACGCGUUUCGUAUCCGCCAAUAUGUAAUCAUAGGCACAACUGAGAAACAACCAUUACAAAAAUGUUAAUGCAUUAAAAAGGAUUUGACGUUGGGAUUCACCCUGUGGAGGGUUUAACCCUAUAUUCCAAAAUUAGGUUAAAAACAUUUAGUUAAUUUGGAGUAUAAACUGCAAUAUAAAAGAAGAGCAGAGAUAGCAAGUUAUUCGUUUGGAUUCAAUUAGUUGUUAGUAUACAAGGAUUCAAAUCUAAAUAUUUUAUAUAAUAUCAAAAUGUAAAAACUCACAUCAAUUUAGUUACAUAUAAAUAUUCUUGUAAUAUCCGUGGAAAACAUUUAUACCCGCUUGCAAAGGAUGAUGAAAAUUAGAAAAAUUAUAAAUUAGAAAAAUUGCGUACCCAAUUAUACAAUUCAUAUACACAAAUACAUUGUCAAUUAAUCCUUAGAGUACAUUUUUUAAUUUUUUUUUUCAAUUUAAAUUCACAUAUGUGUUAACACCUGAGUUCAUUCAUGUAUGCAAUUCAAUAAAGUAAUAAACUUAAGAGCUUAUAUAAGAGGCA